GGUCUCGAUGCGUAGUCACCUCCCCGUGGGUGAGACCCGGUAAUUGGCAUCGCUUUUCAUAUUUUUCAUUUAAAAAGAUAUCUUGAUUUCCAUUCCAUUUCCAAAAUUUUUCGAAAAGCGAUGGCAAGCCAAGAACUACGCAUACCUUCAAUCUAGUCUAAAAUGAUUGCUUUAAAUUAUUUUGAUUAAUAAGCAAUGGAUUAGAUUGAAGAUACUAAUAAAGUCUUUUACAUUCGAUGUAAACGACAAGAUGUGCGCAUCUUAGAUUUAAGUUCUAGUUUUAAGUAUAAUAUAAGAUAGAUUUAAGAUUUAAUAUUAAGACUUAGAUUUUUAUUAUAAUUGAUUAUAAUCGAUGUAAAUGAUAAGAUGCAUGCAUCUUAGAUUUAGGCCCUAGUUUUUUGAAUAAUGUAAGAUAAAUAUAAGAUGUAAGAUAUAUGUAAGAUAUAUGUAAGAUCGAUGUAAAAUCGAUGUAAGAUAGAUAUAAGAUUUAGUAUUAAGAUCUAGUAUAAGUUAAAUUUAAGAUUUCAUCGAUUGGACGACGUUGGACAUCGUUGGACAUCGCUGCACAUCAUUGGAUGACGUUGGACGUGGAAUCAUGAUUAACAUAGGAUAAUGAGUUUAAUUUCCUUUUUAUAAUUUCUUAUAUUCGAUGUAUCAAUGGACAUUGAAUGACAUCAGUUGGAUAUCGCUGGGCAUCGUUGGACAUUGUUGGACGUCGUUGGAUAUCGAUUGACAUCGUUAGAUAAAAAGCAUUUAAUUUCCUUUUUCGAAUUUCUUAUAUUCGAUGUAUCAAUGAACAUCGUUGGACGACGUUGGAUCACGAUAAUCAAUACAGAAUACGGAUUUUAAUUUUUUUUUUAUAAUUUCGUAUAUUCGAUGUAACGAUGGAAAAUGUUGGACGGCGUUGGAUCACGAUAAUCAACAUACGAUAUAGUUUUUAAUAUUAUUAGAUUUCUUUAUUAUAUUUUGUUAUAUUCGAUGUAUCGAUGAAAAACAAUGGACAUCGAUGGACGACGUUGGACGAUAUUUGAUCACGAUAAUCAGUAUACGACAUAGAUUUUAAUUUCUUUUUUUAUAAUUUCUUACAUUCGAUGUAACGAUGGACAAUGUUGGACGGCGUUGGAUCACGAUAAUCAGCAUACAACAUAAAUUUUAAUUUUUUUCUUUAUAAUUUUAUAUAUAUGAUGUAACGAUGGAAAACAAUGGGCAUCGAUAGACAACGUAGGACAAUGUUGUUCACGAUAAUCACGAUAAUCAAUAUAGGAUAACCAUUAUAGGAUUUCAAUUUCUUUUUUAUAAUUUCUUAUAUUUAACGUAACGAUAGCCACUAUUGGACGGCGUUGGAUCACGAUAAUCAACAUGCGAUAUAGUUUUUAAUAUUAUUAAAUUUCUUUAUUAUAAUUUGUUAUAUUCGAUGUAUCGAUGGACAACGAUGGACAUCGAUCAACGACGUUGGACGAUAUUUGAUCACGAUAAUCAGUAUACGACAUAGAUUUUAAUUUCUUUUUUUAUAAUUUCUUACAUUCGAUGUAACGAUAGACAAUGUUGGACGGCGUUGAAUCAUGAUAAUCAACGUAAGAUAUAGCUUUUAAAAUGAUUAGAUUUCGUUAAUAUAAUUUGUUAUAUUCGACGUAAAUCAUAAGAUGCAUGCAUCUUAAAUUUAGGUCCUACUUUUUUGAAUAAUAUAAGAUAGAUGUAAGAUAGAUGUAUGAUAGAUAUAAGAUUUAGUAUUAGAUAUAAUAGAUGUAAGAUUACAGAUCUAGUAUAAGUUAAAUUUAAGUCUUCAACGAUGGACGACGUUGGACGACGAUGGAUAAAUCAUUUACCAAUUGUAUCAUAUUUCUUUUCUACCUUUAAGAUUUAAUUUAUAUAUAAUCAAUUGUAUCAUUUAAUGUAUUAGUCACUUUGUUCAAUAAAUUCCACCUGAUGGGUCUCGAUGCGUAGUCACCUCCCCGUGGGUGAGACCCGGUAAUUGGCAUCGCUUUUCAUAUUUUUCAUUUAAAAAGAUAUCUUGAUUUCCAUUUGAAAAUUGUUCGAAAAGCGAUGGCAAGCCAAGAACUACGCAUACCUUCAAUCUAGUCUAAAAUGAUUGCUUUAAAUUAUUUUGAUUAAUAAGCAAUGGAUUAGAUUGAAGGUACUAAUAAAGUCUUUUACAUUCAAUGUAAAUGACAAUAUGCGCGCAUCUUUUAAGUAUAAUGUAAGAUAGAUUUAAGAUUUAUUAUUAAGAUUUAGAUUUUUAUUAUAAUUGAUUAUACUCGAUGGAAAUGAUAAGAUGCAUGCAUCUUAGAUUUAGGUCUUAGUUUUUUGAUUAAUGUAAGAUAAAUAUAAGAUAUAAGGUAGAUGUAAGAUAUAUGUAAGAUCGAUGUAAAAUCGAUGUAAGAUAGAUGUAAGAUCGAUGUAAGAUCGAUGUAACGUUUAGUAUUAAGAUAGAUGUAAGAUUUAGUAUUAAGAUCUAGUAUAAGUUAAAUUUAAGUCUUCAACGAUGGACGACGUUGGACGACGAUGGAUAAAUCAUUUACCAAUUGUAUCAUAUUUCUUUUCUACCUUUAAGAUUUAAUUUAUAGAUAAUUAAUUGUAUCAUUUAAUGUAUUAUUCAAUUUGUUGAAUAAAUUCAACCUGAUGGAUCUCGAUGCGUAGUCACCUCCCCGUGGGUGAGACCCGGUAAUUGGCAUCGCUUUUCAUAUUUUUCAUUUAAAAAAAUAUGUUGAUUUUCUUUCGAAAAUUUUUUGAAAAGCGAUGGCAAGCUAGGAACUACGCACAUUUUCUACGGACAUCAAUCUAGCCUAAAAUGAUUGCUUUAAAUUAUUUUGAUUAAUUAACAAUGGAUUAGAUUGAAGGUACAAGUUUUUUUACAUUCGAUAUAAAUGAUAAAAUGCAUCUUAGAUUUAAGUUCUAGUUUAAAAUAUAAUAUAAGAUUAUAUAUAGAUUUAAUAAGAUUUAAUAAGAGAAUAUAGAUUUAAGAUUUAAUAUUAACUAUUUUGACUAUUAACUUUUUUAACUAUUUUGAUAAUACCUUAGUAAUUUAUUAAGUUUUAUUCCUUUAUAUAAUUUUUUAUAAUAUAGUGAACUUUGUCCUUCACAAUUUAGCCUUCAAAGUCUCAUUUAGGCGUCUCUUCUGCAAAAUUUACAAUAAUUGAUCACGAAAUUUGUACGCAAGACCGGGAUGCAAUCGACAAAACGUGCCUUGGUAACGCACAAUAUCGCGAUUCGUCUAUUUCUGCAACCGUAUCAGGCAGUUGGACACGCACGACGAAUAGGUGCGGGUCACUGCAUUGACAGCCGUGGGGACUCGUGGCAAUUUGGUUGCUGUCUAAAACACUGGACGUGGCUGUAAUUGGAAUGUCCACAUGAAGCUGAUGAAGUUUUUGCUUCGUUACUUUCCACCAGGCCUCGCCUUGGAGUAUACUCAAGGUGGAGAUAUCAAGACGAAAAUGAUCGAUCUUCUGGAUUUGUCUGCCGAAACGGACAUAAGAGCAUUAGCGGAGAGCAUAAAAGCGGCCGAGCCUGUAAUAACCGAAAGUGUAAUGGAGCAGUUAGUGGAGACCCUGCAGAAGCUGCAAGCCAAAGUUUGCGAUACAAACCCUAAACGUUACUACAAAUACAAGACCUUGCAGACCCAUCUUCUGCCCCUCACGAAUAUCGCGUUCGAUAAACUAGGUAAAAGAUGCUUGACAGGCAGCUAUGACAGAACGUGUAAAGUUUGGGACAUUGACAGUGGAACGGAGCUUCUUACUCUCGAAGGCCAUAAGAAUGUGGUCUACACCGUGUCCUUCAACAACCCAAUUUCAGACAAAAUCGUAACGGGUUCCUUCGACAAAACGGCAAAAAUUUGGUGUUCUCGAACGGGUCAUUGCACGACAACUAUGAGGGGUCAUAAUGCUGAAGUAGUUGUUGCCAAAUUCUCGCCAAUUUAUACAAAAAUUGCAACUGGAUCUUUGGACAUGACGUCAAGAAUAUUUGACAUAACAACAGGUGAGGAAUUAGGGAUAUUGAGAGGUCACACUGCAGAAAUAAUCGCUUUACACUUCAAUAACGAUGGAAAUCAAAUAAUAACGGGUUCUUUUGACGGCACUGUCAGUAUUUGGGAUACAAGGAUUCUCACUCGCAUAUGCGUGUUAAUCGGUCAUCGAUCCGAAUUAUCGAACUGCAUUUACAACUUCGAUUGCUCGUUGAUCGCCUCAUCGUCGAUGGAUAAAACGGCCAAAGUGUGGGACACGAAAAUGAACUCGUGCCUGAUCACAUUUCGAGGACACGAUGACGAAGUCCUGGACCUGACCUUCGACAACAAUGGGAAAAAGUUGGCCACUGCGAGCAGCGACACCACAGCCAGAGUUUGGGAUGUGAGCACCAAUUUCAAGCAGCUGGCCUUGAUGAAAGGUCAUCGAGAAGAGGUUUCGAAAGUGUGUUUCAGUCCAAAUAGUCAACAUUUGCUGACAUCAUCCUUGGAUAGAACGUCGAAAUUGUGGUCUUUGGAAAAUGGAUGCUGCAUACAGACAUUAGAUGGACACACGGACGACGUGUUCAGUUGUGCAUUUUCUUAUAAUGGCGAUACUAUUAUCACAGCGAGUAAAGAUAACACUUGCAUGAUUUGGAGAUGACUCGAUUGGUUUCAGGUGUGCCCUUAGCUCUUACUUGUGAUUUUGUUCAUUGUUUACGUCGUAUAUUUUUAUGCACUUUAAAAUGUUAUUCAUUCUUUUGUAGAUUAAGGUUGUCAACACUUUCUUAAAUGUUUUUUAAUUGAAAUAAAAGUAUUUUUUUUUUAAUAUAAUUUGAAUUUAUCAAAUUUAUAGUGAAAGUGUUUAAAGAAAUUAAAUUGUACAAGAGGAAUCCUAACAUUUUUGUAAGUGAUUUUUAAAUAAUUUGAGAUUUAAAUAGAAAUAAAUAAUGCGGAUCUAAGGAAAUAUUUAAAACUUUCAAUCAUAUAAAUUAAUUAUAAAUUACAGUAGAUAGUAAAAAACUAUUGAAAUAAAAUUUUUUGUAAUUUAUAAUUAAAUUCUAUUCAAAUCUAAAUUUUAAAUAUUUAUAUAAACAGUUUAUAUAAAUUACAAAUUAUAAAAAAUAUUCCAAAUUAAUAUCUAUUUGGAAUAUUUUAUGAUCCAAUGUAAUAUUCUCAGCAUAAAAUAAAUGUAAUUCUCGAAACUCAACAAUGUUACAAAUUGUACUAUUCUAUCGUAUUAUUCCAGUGUUUCUCAAAGGGCGUCAUUAUUAUCUUACAUGGACUUUAAAAAUCCAUUUAUUCCAAAAUAAUUACAUGGACAUAUUUUAAAAAGAUGUCAGAAAAAUUCAUUAUCAUAAGAUAAUAAUUUUAAAAAUUUUCGUUAUUUUCAUUCCUGCAACGAAGUUUAUUCAUUCGAGGAAUCACGAUGCGAAAGAUCAAAUCUUUCACACGAGGAUAAUCGUGAGUCGUUUGCAUAUUGCAAAAAGAGGAUUGCAGCCAAGAAGGAAGUUGAGAAACACUGUAUACAAUGUAUAUUUGACACGUAAUAUCCUAAUAUCCGCAUGUAUCGCAACGCACAAUCCAAUUGUAAAUAACAAAAUGAGCUUAAUUGUACGGAAUGCAAUAUCUCCGCAAGUGAAUUGUUUGCAAAGCACAAUUAUUCACACAAUUUCUAAAUAUAUUAAAUGAAACGUAAUAUGGUGUAACGAGGAGAUGGUAUUUGUUAGCAACGGUUUCCAUCAAAACGGAGAAACCACCGCGUCGUUUUAUAACGAAAACUCGCAACGAAUACUUGUGGCGGGACGUUUAAUUAAAAGUCGCCCCCUUUAAAGAGUGGUAUUACACCUACGUUGCAUUGCACAGCAAUUAAAACAAUAUCGCGUUCUAAAAAUUGCGUAACUCUCCACAGUCAGCAUUAUCAAGAGCGAUUAAGUGGCGGUUAAGGAGACGAUUAUAAUAAUUUUAAAAUGAACACUCGUGAUCCUCGUUUCGCGAAGGAACGCUUAAUUAUUUCUUUACGAUAAUUUUGAUUCAAUUUUUUUGCAGCGAAGAAGAGAGUUCAGAGUUUGUACGCGAAAUAAAAAGUAAAAAGUUUGUGAAAAGGAUUACACCGUUAAAGAAAAUUUGGAAAAAAGAUUAUUAGAAAAAUGAAUUCGAUUUAAAUUUUGAGAAUACGACAUGAGAUCCUGCAUUUUGAGACAGUGCCAAGAAUGGCAUCCUCUAAACAUGUGUUCUCCAACUUUUAAAACUUGGAGUUAAACUCGACUUCGCUGUAUCGAAUAUACGUGUUGUUUCUAAAAUAAUUUAUCAUCUAAUUUGUACGCGAAGUGAGCAAAAAUUAUUCAUUAAUUGGAUUCAGAUCUGGAUGAAAGUUAUAUAAUAAUAAUUUGCAAAUAAUUAUAUUAAUUAAUGUUAAUCGUUAUUCGAUAAUGUUCUUUGGUCUCGUUCAAAAAAUUUGAGGCAAAACAGGUAAUUGGAAUUGUUUAAGAAAAUGAUAUUUCGAAAUAAUAUUUAGAAAGAAGAAUGUAUGAAUGAAUGUGUUUUCGUCGAAUGAAUGAAUAAUUUAUAUUCGUGAAAUGACAAAUUAUUGUAGGAAACAGAUUAGGAUGUUCCCAAAAUGAUAUUAAAAAUUAAUUUUCGAGUAAUUUGAUUUAAUUGCGACACGAGAUGAAAAAGAUAUGUUAGUAAUUGCAAAAUAAAGAUUCAAUUUAAAUUUCCUACGUGAAAUUAAUACAUAUGAAUUGUGAUUUAUAUUUGGUUUAAUUUAUAUUCAAAAUGAAUGUGUAUAUUGUCGUUAUUAAUAGGAAUUUAUUAAAGCUUAUUAUCGUUUAAUAUCGGUAUGAGAUGUGUAAUAAAUUCAGAUAUAUAUUGAUUGAGAGAAAUUUGCAAAAUAUUUACGUUACGUGGAUGUCGAAAGUGUAUAUGCGCGUAAUUUUUGAAAAGUUGUAAUUGACGAAAUAAAUAUUUACCCGUUGAUCCCUGUUAUUUAUUGAUUUCGAAUUCGUGAAAAAACUUUUUAAAAAUUUUUAAAUAUCGUACACGUUUUAAAAAUGAUACACAAAAGAUUGUAUGGAAGAAAAAAAGAAUUGUAUCAAAUUGGAACGAGUGGUGGAUGAAAGGAAACGAGAAGAAAACAAUAGAAUGCAGAAAGAAUGGAGAGGAAUUGUACUAAGCUCUAAUAGCUCUAAUAUUAUUGUAAUAUUAUUGUCAAGAUUUAGAAAAUAAUAAAAUAAAAUAAAAAUUAUAAAUAAAUCAA